CUUACAACUCAAAGGAGCUACGACUCGUUCGAUGUUUCCAUCUCCUAAAAAACCUAACUUUUCACCACCUUGCUCCACAGUUUGUUACCCAAUUCUCUCUCUCUCUCUCUCUCUCUCUCUCCCUUCCUAUUUUAUUUUUAACUUUGUUUUCAUUUUUUUUGGCCUUUUCUUUUUCUCUUUCUCUUUCUAUUUCAAAACAAAAAAGUUAUAAUUUUUAUUUUUGUUUUUGCUGCUUCUGCUGCUGCGUAUGGCGACAUGACCAUCCAAUAAAAAACCCUAAUUUUCUCUCUCUCUAAGCACACUCUUUUGAGUUCACAGAGAAAAAAGAAAAAAAAACAGCGGGACAUAGGAGGAAUCAAGGUGGGAUAUAUGUCCUUCACUCAUUCAAGGUCCGAUAGAAGUGAGCAACAAUACCGAAAAUCCGGGCGAUCCGCCAGCUUUAAUCAGCAGCGGACCUCCUCAGGCUCUUACGGUAAGGGCGCUGGCGGCGGGCCUGCCCCUUCACCGUCUCUCUCUUCCUCUUCUUCUUUAUCUUCCAAUCGAAGUUUUAAGAAGUCUAACAAUUCACAAGGAGGGCAAUCUAGGGUAAAUUCACGGUCUGUGAAUACUUCGGAGUCUGUUGAUGCUUCUGCCGCCCGUAACAUACAAAAUGGAGCACAUGUACAGCCCCAGUUACAGGGAGCAUCUAAUGCACCGGUUGGAAGCAGUGCUGCCAAGCUGGUUGAAUCUCCAGCUACUCAGAGAAGCACCCGAGCUGUUCCAAAGGCUCCAACUUCUCAACCUGCCACCAUGAGUUCUGACUGUAGUUUCCCCACCACCCCCGCAAAGGGAGAUGCAUCCAAAGCAUUCUCUUUACAGUUUGGGUCCAUAAGUCCUGGUUUCAUGAACGGGAUGCAGAUUCCAGCUCGAACUAGCUCAGCACCCCCAAAUUUGGAUGAGCAGAAAUGUGAUCUGGCACGCCAUGAUUCUUCUUUUAGACCUGUGCCAAAUUUGCCCACUCCGGUUGCUAAACAGCAGCUACCGAGAAAUGAUUCAGUUGUAACUGACCAAUCUAAUUCUGGGGAGGCUUAUCCCGUGCCCAAGGUCAAAAAAGAUGCACAAGUCUCUGCGCCACCCCCUGUGAAUCAGACACAGAAGCCAUCUCUUCUUAAUAUGCCCAUGACUUCUCUGCAGAUGCCAUUUCAUCACCAACCCCAGGUUUCCCUGCCAUUUGGGGGGCCUAACCCACAGAUUCAGUCUCAGAGUGUUACUGCUACUUCACUUCAAAUGCCAAUGCAUAUGCCAUUAACUAUGCGAAAUGCACCUCAGGUGCAGCAGCAAGUCUUUGUUCAAGGUCUUCAAACUCAUCCACUGCCAGCUCAGGGAAUGAUGCAUCAGGGUCAGGGCUUGAGUUUCACGCCACCCAUAGGUGGCCAGCUUGCUCCCCCAUUGAGCAACUUGGGAAUGGGCAUUGCCCCUCAGUAUUCUCAACAGCAGGGAGGGAAUUUUGGUGUUCCUCGUAAAACUACUCCCGUCAAGAUUACUCAUCCUGACACUCAUGAAGAAUUGAGGCUUGAUAAACGAACAGAUACAUAUUCAGAUGGUGUGUCAUCAGGUCCAAGGUCUCAUCCUAACUUGCCGUCUCAAUCCCAGCCAGUUCCACCAUUUGCACCUUCUCAUUCAAUCAACUAUUAUUCCAAUUCUUAUAAUACCAAUUCCUUGUUUUAUCCACCACAAAGUUCUCUUCCAUUGGCUAGUAGCCAGAUACCAUCCAAUGCCCAGGGGCCAAGAUUUAACUAUCCUGUUAGCCAGGGUCAUCAAAACAUUUCUUUCAUGAAUUCAGUAGCAGCUCAUGGUUUGCUGCCAGUUAAUAAAUCCAUAAAUCUUGCACAUGAUACUUCAGAAUCACCAAAUGCACAGCCUGCACGUGAUGCACACAGUGUUACAUCUUCUGCUUCCUCAGGUUCAAUACAGGUGACAGUUAAGCCAGCUACUGUUUCUGUUGGAGAAAAGGUUGCAUAUUCUGCUUUGCCAAGUGGCUUGCCUGGUGUUGAAAAGGUUGGGUCACUAAAACCUUCGGUGCAAGCUAUUGAGGUUAGCACAUCUCAGUCUCAAAGGGUCUUGGAUACUUGUCUGGAGAGCUCUGUACAGCAUCCAAAACCUGGAAGUGAAUCUUCAACAUCCAAGUCAUUACCAGCCACCUCUAAACAUUCUGGGGGAGUUCCUGCAAUUAAUCUGGAUGAGAGCCUGCCAUGUAAUUCCUUAUCUUCUGAUCCAGCUGCUACAUCUGAGGACGCCAUGCCAGUUGUUGCCAGUAAUGAAGGCAGAAAGACGGAGAGUUUGAGUAGGUCAAACUCUAUAAAAGAUUAUCAGAAGAAACCAGGCAAGAGAGGACAUAUUCAGCCACCAAAUCAGUCUCUGUCAACAUCCAACUUGGUGGCCGACACUGCCGAACAUGGUAUUUCCUCAGACAGUGCUGUUUCUGAAACUGUAGAGGCUAAAGCAGCUUUAACUUCAUCAGCAACUGCUGCUGUUUUGUCACAAUCUACCAGGGAAUUACCAACAAUUAAUAUUGCUUCACCUUCUUCCUUUGAACCAUCAUCAGCAACUGCUGUUGUUUUGUCACAAUCUACCAGGGAAUUACCAACAAUUAAUGUUGCUUCACCUUCUUCCUUAGAACCGAAGAUAGAGAGCAAGAGAGAAGGCUUAACCUCUUUUUCAUCUGAAGUUUCUGCUAGUGGCAGAAGUGUUGAUAGCUUGGACAUGGUUCAGCAUGCUAAGAUGGAUGGUUCUUCCAAGUUGGAUGAGCAACUGAAACCUGAAAUUAGUGGAAUUAAGGAUGAAGAGGAAAAAAAUUUACCUGAGGAGCACUUAAAAAACAAUGCUAGUCUUGAAAUUCCUUCUCAACUGGUUCCCUUGAAAUCUAUGGAGCGUAAAUCCAAUCAGGAAUCUGUCAUGAAGGCAACAGCUACCUGCAAUGAUAUUCCAAUCUCAGGAACUUCACUGAGGGUGCCCGAUGAAGAUGUGGGGGGUAACAUAGAAAAUGCGAGAGUCACUGAUAGUACUGUCUCUACCUCUACAAUUGCUGACUCUGCAUAUGUUGAAGGUUCUCAUGUUGAUAUGACCUUUGGUUCUGAUGUUUCUUCAAGUGCCACUGAUAGCAAUGAGAUAACUGUUACUAAAUCUGAUGAAUCAGAACAGCUGUCUGCUCGUAUCCCUACACCAGAUCUCUCAGAAUCUACUUUAAAGUACGAAAGUGAAGGUGUUCCGAUACCUAGUUCAAGGGACAAACCUGCGCUAGAACUCGGUAGGACAAAGAGUACUAUAACUAAAGGGAAGAAAAAAAGAAGAGAAAUCCUUCAGAAAGCAGAUGCUGCUGGGACAACUUCUGAUCUCUAUAUGGCAUAUAAAGGUCCUGAGGAAAAGGAGACAGAUGUACCUUUAGCUAGUGCAGAAAUAAAUUCCAUUGGUGUUAACUUGAAUCAAGCAUCUCAUGAGGGCCCUCAGGUGGAUGCCAUAGAAAGUAAGAAAAUUGCACAGAAUAAAGCUGAACCUGAUGAUUGGGAAGAUGCUGCUGACAUCUCUACGCCAAAAUUAGAAACUUCUGAUAAUGGCGAAAAUGCUCAUGGAGGGUUAGUAAAUCAUGAGAAAGAUGGAAGUGGGAAUAUAGCAAAGAAGUAUUCCAGAGAUUUCCUUCUUAAGUUUGCAGAACAGUGUACUGAUCUUCCACAGGGAUUUGAGAUUAUUUCCGAUAUUUCAGAGGUAUUGACGGCUGUCAAUGUCAGUGCUUCUCACUUUGUUGAUCGUGAUUCAUACCCUAGUCCGGGAAGAAUAAUAGAUAGGCAAUCUAGUGGAUCUCGAUUAGAUCGCCGUUCUAGUGGAAUGGUUGAUGAUGACAGAUGGAUUAAACCACCUGGUUCUUUUGGCCCUGGAACGGAUUUGCGUCUUGAUCUUGGUUAUGGUGCUGCUGCAGGUUUUCGGCCUGGCCAAGGAGGUAACUUUGGUGUUCUAAGGAACCCACGUACACAAGCACCUAUGCCAUAUGUAGGAGGGAUCCUUGCUGGACCAAUGCAACCUAUGGGUCCACAAGGAGGGACGCCACGCAAUAGUCCUGAUGCUGACAGGUGGCAACGUGCUUCUAACUAUCAGCAAAAGGGGUUGAUUCCUUCUCCGCAAACUCCAUUACAGAUGAUGCACAGAGCUGAAAGGAAGUAUGAAGUGGGUAAAGUGGCUGAUGAGAAUGACGCCAAGCAAAGGCAGCUGAAAGCCAUUUUGAACAAACUAACUCCCCAAAACUUUGAGAAACUCUUUGAGCAAGUAAAAGCAGUAAAAAUUGACAAUUUAGGUACUCUGAAUGGUGUCAUCUCACAGAUCUUUGACAAAGCUUUGAUGGAGCCUACUUUCUGUGAAAUGUAUGCAAAUUUCUGUUAUCAUCUGGCAGGAGAGUUACCUGAUUUUAGUGAAGACAAUGAAAAGAUAACUUUCAAGAGAAUACUGCUGAACAAGUGCCAGGAGGAAUUUGAGAGAGGGGAGAGAGAGCAAGAAGAAGCAAAUAAAGUUGAGGAAGAGGGUGAGGCUAAGCAGUCUGAGGAGCAAAGAGAAGAGAAGAGAAUCAAGGCACGGAGACGAAUGUUAGGUAACAUUAGACUUAUUGGGGAGUUGUACAAGAAGAAAAUGUUAACUGAACGGAUAAUGCAUGAAUGCAUCAAGAAAUUACUCGGUGAGUAUGAGCAUCCUGAUGAGGAAGAUUUUGAGGCUUUGUGCAAAUUAAUGAGUACGAUUGGAGAUAUGAUUGACCAUCCGAAAGCAAAGGAGCAUAUGGAUGCUUAUUUUGAGAGGAUGGCAAAGUUGUCAAACAAUAUGAAACUAUCUUCUAGAGUCAGGUUCAUGUUGAAGGAUGUUAUUGAUCUGAGAAAGAAUAAAUGGCAGCAGAGGAGGAAAGUUGAAGGGCCUAAAAAGAUUGAGGAAGUGCACAGAGAUGCUGCUCAAGAGCGACAAGCACAAGCCAGUAGGCUUACUCGUGGUCCUGGCAUCAAUCCUGCUACAAGAAGAGCACCCAUGGAUUUUGGUCCUCGGGGGUCUAUGUUAUCUUCCCCAGGUGCUCAGAUGGGUAGUUUUCGGGGGUUGCCCACCCAACUCCGUGGUUUCGGGGCUCAGGAUGUUCGCAUGGAUGACAGACAGUCAUUUGAGGCUAGGACUUUGUCAGUUCCCUUGCCUCAAAGACCAAUUGGUGAUGAUUCUAUUACUUUGGGCCCCCAGGGUGGUCUUGCUAGAGGGAUGUCUUUUAGAGGACCACCAGUAAUGUCCAGUGCUCCCUUAGCUGAUGUUUCUCCGACUUCUGGAGAUUCAAGAAGAAUGGCUGCCGGUUUGAAUGGUUUUAGUUCUCUAUCAGAGCGAACAACUUAUGGUUCUAGAGAGGAUCUCAUGCCAAGAAAUAGAUUUGCAGCACCAGCUGCUUAUGACCAGUGGAGCUCCCAGGAACGUGGCAUGAAUUUUGGUAAUAGGGACUUGAGAACCCCAGAUCGCAGUUUUGAUGGAUCUCCUGCAGCUUCACCACCUGCACAAGGCCAAACAUCUGGUUUCACUCAAAAUAUUCCUCCAGAAAAGGGCUGGCCUGAGGAGCGCCUGCGUGAUAUGUCAAUGGGGGCAAUUAAAGAAUUUUACAGUGCUAGAGAUGAGAAAGAAGUUGCUUUGUGCAUCAAAGAUUUGAAUUCUACAAGCUAUCAUCCCACAAUGAUUGCUCUUUGGAUAACGGAUUCUUUUGAGAGAAAAGACAUGGAGCGGGAUCUUUUGGCCAAGCUACUUGUCAAUCUGACAAGGUCUCAUGAUGGUGUGCUGAGCCAAGUUCAACUUGUUCAAGGGUUUGAAUCUGUUCUCAGUACAUUGGAGGAUUCUGUGAAUGAUGCUCCAAAAGCUGCGGAAUUUCUUGGUCGUAUUUUUGCUGAAGUCAUUGUAGAAAAUGUGAUCUCGCUGAGGGAUAUUGGGCGUUUAAUAUAUGAUGGUGGAGAGGAGCCAAGGCGACUUCUAGAUAUUGGGCUUGCCGGGGAUGUUCUUGGAAGCACCUUGGGGAUAAUUAAAACAGAAAAAGGAGAGAAUGUCUUAAAUGAAAUUCGAGCUAGCUCCAAUUUGCAGCUGGAGGACUUUCUGCCUCCAGAUCAAGAAUAUUAGAAAAUUUUAUUUAGAGGAUAGUGAUGCUCUUAUUUUGUUACAAGAAAUUCAUGUCUGGUGCUCUAGGUUAUUAGGCAUUUGGCAAAAAUAUUUUUCCGUGGGUGGGUUGGGGGUUUUACAUAUGGGUUUCUUCUUCACCAUGUUUUAAUAUUAUUUCUUGGAAAUAUUCACUGCAAUUAUGAAAGAUCAAAAUUGAGCAUCCCAAGUUAUUCUCUGCAGCAACUUGGUUUUUGCCUCUUGUCUGCUCUUGGGGAGUCCCAAAACGCUUUUCCUUCUAAAUCCCAUACAUUUGUUAUGUUAUCUCAACUUUUUCGUAAUGACGAGAUUGUUUGCCUAUUGCCCCUCAGCCAUGACCAGGAUUUGCAAAAUAAGAUGUAUAAAAUUUUGCUCAUCUUUGCACUAAAAAUACGUGUACAUUAUGUAAGCUUCAACAAAAACAUUGG